AACCCCCUCCAUUGCUUUAGCAACAACGCGUCUAGAUCCUCCGAACACUUCAGUUGCAUCCGAAAAUAUUCGACAAUCUUGAAUACACGCGUACAAUACAUAUCAGGCAACUCCUUAUCACUGUGGUUCAUCGCCACCUUAGCAAGUAACAAUCUCCAUUACAGUAAUACGGUCACAACACGUCACAAUGGCGACACCUUCACCACAGACAUGGACGCUUCGCCUCAAGUCUCACAAAACCACCGUCAUCCUCCAUGUCGACCCAUUACAUACCUUCGACACGAUCAAAACCUACCUAUACGACGCUCUUCAAGAAACAGGUUUCAAGAACUCUACCGGCGAAUCGAUACCACUACCCUCGUCUGCUUCGGACAUCCAGCUCGGCCGCCCGGCAAAUAUCAACGAUGCAUCCGAGGGUUUCACACUAGGCGAGUGGGAAGGGGCAUACAUAGUUAGCGACGAGGAACAGGUGGAGGGCAAGGGCAAGGGCAAAGCUACCAAAGCAAACGCAGGUGGUAGUUCAAGUGCUGGAGCAAGGGCUGACACAGAAAAGAUCAAGCAAUGUCCCAAGGGCGCGGGACUGAAAGAUGGCGCUGUGCUGGCUUUCAGGUGGGCUGGCGAUGGCAGCUGGGACGGUGAAGAUGAGUUCGAUCUCAGCAAGGACAGUCGAAAAGAUGACAACAUGUGGGGUGUUACGCUGGCGAGCUUUGAAGACGCGUAUGGUGUUGAGAAUGAGACGGAUGUUGGUGGCAGACCGGAGUUCGAGGGCUGAGUGGGGAUGAACUAUCAUUUGGACCUCGCAUACACGGGUUCGCUGUAUGAAGAGAGCAGAAGUGAUACAAUGUCGAGACUAUCAUCUGCAGAGACACUCAUUGCGAAUGCCCGCUACACUUUCGACCUCGCGAAGUUCUGUGGCCUAU